UUUCUAGCAAGUACGCCUGCAUUUUUAACAGUCUGGUUAGGCUUCGUGGCUUUUGGCGGGUUAAACGCAUCGUGUUGGUUUCGGUGUUUUAGCGAAAUUUGAUAAUGGGGGACAAAGACGGUGAAACCUUUGACGAUGCCGUGGAGGAACGAGUUAUCAACGAAGAGUACAAGAUAUGGAAGAAAAACACUCCGUUCCUGUAUGACCUCGUGAUGACACAUGCUUUGGAAUGGCCAUCUUUAACUGCUCAAUGGUUACCGGACGUGACUAGGCCUGAAGGGAAGGACUAUUCCGUGCAUCGUCUCAUCUUGGGUACUCACACUUCAGACGAGCAAAAUCAUUUGCUUAUAGCUAGCGUACAGUUGCCAAACGAAGAUGCUCAAUUCGAUGCUUCUCAUUACGACAAUGAGAAGGGGGAGUUUGGAGGAUUCGGUUCCGUUAGUGGUAAGAUAGAAAUCGAAAUCAAGAUAAAUCACGAGGGAGAGGUAAACAGAGCGCGGUACAUGCCGCAAAAUCCGUGCGUGAUCGCAACAAAAACACCGUCGAGUGAUGUUCUUGUCUUUGAUUAUACGAAACACCCGAGUAAACCGGAUCCUAAUGGCGAAUGCCAGCCUGAUCUUAGAUUAAGGGGACACCAGAAAGAAGGUUAUGGCCUAUCAUGGAAUCCAAAUUUGAAUGGAUACUUGCUCAGUGCAUCCGAUGAUCAUACAAUUUGUUUGUGGGACAUUAAUGCACCUCCUAAAGAGAAUCGUGUGAUUGAUGCAAAAACGAUCUUUACUGGACAUACUGCUGUCGUUGAAGAUGUUGCUUGGCAUCUGUUGCACGAAUCAUUGUUUGGAUCCGUCGCGGAUGAUCAGAAAUUGAUGAUUUGGGACACAAGAUGUAAUAACACUAGCAAACCGAGCCACACGGUGGAUGCUCAUACUGCUGAAGUGAAUUGCUUAAGUUUCAAUCCGUACUCGGAAUUUAUUCUUGCGACUGGUAGCGCCGAUAAAACGGUGGCGCUUUGGGACUUGAGGAAUCUCAAGUUGAAAUUGCAUUCUUUUGAGUCUCACAAAGAUGAGAUCUUCCAAGUCCAGUGGUCACCGCAUAAUGAGACGAUAUUAGCUAGUAGCGGUACAGACAGGCGUCUACAUGUCUGGGAUCUUAGUAAAAUUGGCGAGGAACAAUCCAGCGAAGACGCCGAAGAUGGACCGCCCGAAUUAUUGUUCAUUCAUGGUGGUCACACCGCGAAGAUCAGUGAUUUUUCGUGGAAUCCGAACGAACCGUGGGUUAUAUGUUCUGUUUCGGAAGACAAUAUAAUGCAGGUAUGGCAGAUGGCGGAGAACAUUUACAAUGAUGAAGAACCAGACACACCAGCGAGUGAAUUGGAAGCUGGUGCUUCAUAAAAUAUGUAAGAAAAAUAACCGAUUAAAUUAUUUGAUAUUGAAAUUUUCCAACGUAUUCGCGUACGUACACACAUUAUAUAUAUGUAUAUAUACCAUAUACCAUAUUAAACCAUAUAUGUAUACAUAUAUAGUUUAAUAUCAUAUAUAUAUAUAUAUUUAUAUAUA